AUGGAAGAAGUAUUGUUGCUGCUCUGUUUAUCUGUUAGGAUGUUAAUGAAUGAGAUCAUUCUGUUCGGUAUGGCCCUAUCCAGUUGUUAUGCUGUUGUGUACUACAAAGGGGAUGGUAUUCCGUUGAAAGUUUCAUUAGAUACUAUGAUUCGUGACUUUAAAAUAUCUGUUUGUGAUUAUUGGAGAAACUUGACUCCUCGGAGCAUAAGAUUUAUUAGUCGUUGUGAUAAAGCUCUCAUUAAUUGUGAUUAUUCUCUUCAAGGUCUAAUUGUUGUUACUUGUUCAAGGGAAUUGUCAAGUUUUGAUCUGUUUGUUGAGGAGGCUUGUCAUGGUGUUGCUUCUAGCUCUUCGUCUGGUAUUUCCACGCAGCCGCUCAGUGACGAUGAAUCAUGCACUGGGUUCACUGAGACUUCAAAUAUUAAAUACCUGACGGAAGUUCAUGAGCAAUUGAAACCUCUUUUAUCCGAAGGUUGGGAAGAUAUUUUUAAAGGUGUUGGUCAAGUUUUUCAUGGUGGUGUUGAUGAGGUUCGCUUAGCUGUCAUCAAAUACUGCAGCAAGUCUGGCUAUAAAGUUGCAAAGGUUAAGAAUGACAGACUCAGGUUCACAGGCAAGUGUGGUAGGAAUGCAGAAUGUCAUUGGUAUCUGCACUGUAUUCCAAUCGAUACUGCUAAAAGUGUCUUUGCUAUCAAGGAAUUCAAUGGGGAGCAUAAAUAUGGUGGUGCUUAUAAGCUGAAGGACCCACCUGUGAAGAAGAAAUUGAUUAAGCAUCUAUUCAAGGAUCAAAUACAGUCAAAUCCGUCGAUAAAGCCUAAUGAUAUGGUUGCUCAGGUGAAGAGUUGUUAUGGAAUUGACAUAAAAUACCAUCAUGCUUAUAAAGGGAAGGAAGCAUCUAAGGCAGAGAUAUAUGGUGAUGAUGUAAAAAGUUAUACAGAUCUUAUUUGGUAUGUUGAAGCAAUAAAGGCUACCAAUCCUGGCAGUUAUAUUAAGUUUGAGUAUGAUAAAGAGACUAAACGUUUUCAGAGGAUUUUCAUAUGUUUUGUUGCCUGUAUGGAAGGAUACCGGUUCAUUCGCCCUAUGCUUUACUGUGAUGCAACAUUUAUCAAUGGGAGAUUCAAGGGAACAGUGAUGGCUGCCACUGGUGUGAAUGGAAACCAAGGAUUUUUUCCUUUUGCGUAUGCUUUAGUUCCUGGAGAAGACAUUGAAGGGUGGGAUUACUGUUUCCAUCAUUUGAAGAAUAACCUCCCCAUCAAGAAAUCACAUGAGAAGUAUAAACAAGUUCAAGAUUUGUUCCAUAAAGCUGCAUACUGCUAUAGUGUUGCUAAAUAUGAGUCUGCUUUAAAUGAGAUGUGUAUCAUAGGAUGUGGUUGGGUUUCCAAGUACAUCAGAAAUAUCGAUCCCAAACAUUGGGCAAAUGCUUUCUUCGUAGAAUGUAGGUAUGGGACACACUCGUCAACUAUUACAGAGUAUUUCAAUAACUGGAUUCUUCCUAAAAGGGAUCUGCCUCCAUCUUCUCUUGUUGAUGAGAUUAGGAUAAAGAUUAUGAGGAUGAGUGCAGAAAGGCGUGAGCUCGGUAGAAAUUAUAGUGAUAGUUUGACUCCCAUCUAUAAAGCUCUACUCAAGUCACAUGUCGAUAUAGGGCGUCCAUGGAGUGUCACGGAGUCAGGUAAUGGUAUAUAUGAGGUUCACUCUCCUAGCUCUCAUGUUGUUGAUCUGAUGCAUAUGACGUGCACUUGCCAGAGAUGGAAAGUGUUUGGUUUCCCCUGUGCUCACUCCACUGCUGCUAUUACUAUGACUGGUAUUGAAAUGUUGAGGUUUGUUCAGCGUUACUUUGGUUCGAAUCAUUUUCUCCAUACGUAUGCUCCUGCAAUUCGACCCAUUCUCAAUUACGACAGGCCAGAAGCGUAUGAACCUGAAGAGAGAGUCCUACCUGGUAUUCCAAGGCCACCUCCAGGAAGACCACCAAAGAAGUUCAUUUGUGGUGCUUAUGAUAAGGAGAGGAGGCCUAUGAAGUGCACAAAUUGCAAGAAGAUUGGGAACCACAAAAAAGUUACCUGUCGUGUAUUAAUGAUGGAGUAG